AGAUGCCCCUGGGGCUGCGGAGAAAGAUGAAAACCAAGUCCAAGGAGACCGCCCGGCUGGUGAAGGGCGAGCAGGCGGGCGCGAGCGGCGGCAGCCUCCCGGACCCCCCGGUUCCGACACACAAGCUGGUUUUCCACACGCAGCUGGCGCACGGCAGCGCCACGGGCCGAGUGGAGAAUUUCUCCAGCAUCCAGGAGCUCUAUGCCAAGAUUGCGGCAGUGUUCGAGAUUUCGGCGUCGGAGAUCUUAUACUGCACGUUAAACACACCUAAAGUUGAUAUGGAAAGACUCUUAGGAUCACAGAUAGGUCUUGAAGAUUUCAUAUUUGCCCAUGUGAAAGGGAUCAAAAAGGAAGUAAAUAUACAUAAAUCUGAGGAUUCACUUGGUCUCACCAUUACAGAUAAUGGUACUGGCUAUGCUUUUAUAAAGAGAAUUAAAGAUGGUAGCCUAAUUGAUUCCAUUAAAACCAUCUGUGUGGGGGAUCAUAUUGAAUCCAUAAAUGGAGAAGAUAUCAUUGGGUGGCGUCACUAUGAUGUUGCUAAGAAGUUAAAGGAAUUAAAAAAAGAUGAACCCUUUACCUUGAAGUUAAUAGAACCUAAGAAGGCAUUUGAAAUAGAGCCAAGGUCAAAAGCUGGAAAGUCCUCAGCAGGAAAAAUUAGUACUGGAAGGGAGACACUUCGCCUGAGAUCAAAGGGUCCUGCCACCGUGGAAGAAAUGCCCUCUGAAGCCAAAACAAAAGCAGUUGAGAAGAUUGAUGAUCUUCUUGAAUUGUACAUGGGAAUUCGAGAUCCUGAGUUAGCUACCACAAUGUUUGAAGCUGGAAAGGACAAAGGUAAUCCAGAUGAAUUUGCUGUGGCACUUGACGAAACUCUUGGAGACUUUGCGUUCCCAGAUGAAUUUCUCUUUGAUGUUUGGGGAGCCAUCGGUGAUGUGAAACGAGAAUGAUUAUGAUGUGGAUGAUCCAUCUCUGGAGAAAUGAACCAUUCUUCCUUUUUUGAAAUCCCAUAAGAUCUGUUUUUAGACACUGUUACGGACUCUGGUUUGGUCUUAUGUGUAUGAAAUACCUUCUUUGAAAUAUAAUUUUGGUUUCUGGGUAUCUUCUAAUGCAGUUUCAUAUGUGCUAUUCUUAAGAUAAAUUACCUAAAAUAUCAAUUUAAAUAUUCAUUCAAGAGUCUUUUUAAAGUAAGUUUUAGGGAGUAUUUCUAGAGAGAUGAUUUUGCUCCACAUUAACCCAUGUUUUCUUUUCCACAUAGAAGUCAUUGAUUGCAAUAGGUCUGUAGCUCAUUUUCAAUAUCUUAAUGCAGUGAAACUAGGAUUAGAGUUUGAUUUGUCUUGUAGCAUCUUCAUUUUGUUAUACCAGCCUGAGCAGGAUAUGUUCAGGAAGCGAAGUGUGAAUUAUGCCACCUAUAGGUCUAGAAGCAUUGUUUCUUUAAUCCACUGAGUAAGAGGGAGGAAGGUUUCUAUAGUCUCUUGAUGUCUAUAGCCUACUUUCUCUCUUCAUAAAGCAAGGAUUGAUUGACUUGCUUUUUGCUUCUUUGUAAUUACUUCUUUUUAAAAACUUGUGAAAUCUGUUGUGCUAUGUGUUUGCUUGUGUGGAAGAAAGGUGGAAAAGGCAGAUAGAGUAGAAACCACUUAUAUUUGAUUUUUUUUUAAAGCAAUUCUUUAACCAUUAUUUCUUUUUCCACUCAUACCCACGUUUAUGUUACCUUUUAUAAGCACUCCAGGGAAGGUUUUUUAUAGUCCUUGUGGAACUUUUCUUUUGAAAGAUAUUUACUCAGAAAAUAACUAUGUUUGAGAACAUUUUUUUGGGUGAAAGAGCAAUGCUUUUAAGCCCCCUAAACUUUAGAGGAGAUAGCAUCAGAAAUCGAUUUCCCCCGGUGGAAAUAAAGGAGGACCAGAGGAAUUGAGAAAAUAUAUUAGCCUAUUAUUUUAGAGUUCUAACAUACUUUCUCUAAAACCUUACAUUAUUGAGAAAAUUGAGGGCAAAUGACUGUCUUAUCACUCUUAUUUGACAUGUUAUAGAUGUAGGAGAAAUGGAAAUGAAUGGUUUCAACAUAGAUCAUUUAAUAAGGCAGAGCAUGGUGUGACCAAGCAUUCUUCUAAAGUGUUGUAUGGAAGAUGCUGUGUGCUGCCAUGGUAAUCAGAAAUAAUAACCCGUGAGGGCUGUGUUCCAGGAAAUCAGAAGUAGUUCCUUUUUCGUGCUGAGUUAAUGCUAAGAUAACUAUUGAUUUCUGGUACAACUUUACCUGUACAGACAUCCACUCCUCUUUCACAUAAAUCUAAUGCUAUGAAGCUGAUAUUCUUUGUCUCAUUAAUCUGAGACCUGUACAGAAGCCCGGUUUUACUCAUUAAUGUGUAACAAAAGUAGGUUAUAGAAUGUGGUUUGUCUUAUUGUACUUGCCCAUCAUUUGAAAAUAGGACCCACCUCAGGAUGUAAUUUGUUGUUACUUGUUCAUUGGAUUUCUUUUGGAGCUCCCCAAGUAUCUAUUAAUUAUUAACACCAUCUGUCUUAGAAGGACACACAAAGAAAGAGUUGAUAUUUUUCUUUCUUUCUUUUCUUUUUUUUUUUGAGAGCAUGUGUAUAUGUGUGUGCACAGGGGAGGAGUAGAGGGAGAGAGAGAAUCUUUAGCAGGGUCCAUGCCCAGUGAGAGCCCAACAUGGGGCUCCAUCUCAAGAUUGUGAGAUCAUGACCCGAGCUGAAAUCAAGAGUUGGGUGCUUAACAAACUGAGCCACCCAGGCACCCCAAGAGUUGAUAUUUUUAGAGAUGAAAACAUUGAGGCCCAUGGAAACAUUUUAAACAAAAAAAAUUCUUGUCACUAGAUGUUAGAUCUGAAAUGAUAAGUCAUUAUGAUCGAUGUCCGUUUCUCCUUUUUUGGGGGAUGCAGGAAGAUUGAUUCCCUGUGAUUUAUGGAAUCUCAUAUUCACAAAGUGGGUUAUACUCACCAUGAUUUUUCUAGAAUUUUGAUAUGUAAGAUACCAGGGUCCAUGUACAGCUGUAACUCCACUUGUCUGUUGGCGUUAAAUGGCAGUUAUUAUUUAGGGCUUCAGCUGUCCACAGGUACUUUAAUACUAGUAAGUUUUUCCUUGAAAUGUCUUUCUCUCUCACCUCUAUUGCUAAGCUGAUAACAGGGUCAGUUUCUUUGUCAUUAUGUUCCCUUACAUGAAGAUAUAUCUGUUUGUGAACUUGGUGACUUUCGGUAAUUCUCCGUGAACAAAAAGCACAGCGUCUCUUUUUAGACGUCAUGGUCUGCAGUUUGGGCUACCCUCCUGCUACAGUGAGACCAAUCUUCCCCCCAGCCCCCUCACUAAGCAUGCUGUUUCAUUGGUCCCUCUGAACAUUUCCGGAAACCUCUGUCAUCAUCUUUUGUUCUGUAGGGGUUCCCUGCCCGGUGGAGAAGGGUAUUUAAUUCUUGAUUUUCUUCCAUGCAAAACAGCAUCUUUCAGUGGCUACUAAGAGCACAUGUUUUCUUUGUGGCAGGGAAUACAUGUGAUGACUGAACGUUGGGCUAGAUGGAGCCUCGAACAUAGCUUGGUCCUGAUCAAGCGUAUAAAUUCUGAUGAUUACAAAUAGGUACAUUUUGGGUUUCUGUGAUGUUUCAUAAGUAUAAUUAUGUGAAACCCUUUAAGAAUUCAGUUAUAAAGGCAGUAAUCGGUUAACCUCUGUGUGGGGCUGCCGUAUCCAAUAUUGUAAUGUGAACAGAUGAUUAAAUAGAGAUAAUUUUGCCAAAUGGUUAAUUUGCUAUAUUUCCUCCUAUAACUUUAACAAAUAGACAUUUUCUAAGUACAGCACGUUUUCUUUAGGUCCGUGUUAUUGCUAGACCUUCAUCAAGUUGAGAGAGAGCCUUCCUGGCAUUCUUCAGUUACCAUUGCCUAUCUGGCAGAGGAGCAAAAUGAAUUCCAUCUGCAAAUAGGUUUCAAAAUAAUGGUUCUUCUAAACAGAGCAUAGUUAUCCGCCAUAUGAAAGUUGCAUAUAAUGACCCUCUCACCCUCUGAUACCUCUAAAAAUAUAUGGGUACUAAUAGCAUUGCUAUUAUUCUGGUGGAAGUAAUAGGUUAGAAGGACAGUGGGGGUUUUACCCAAGCUAGAAGUGAAUAAAGAGAUAGGAGAUGCUGUUCAGCUUAUAGUGCCAAGAAUUAGUGCUCUGGGUAAAAUGCACAUUUAUUAUCUUCUUGACACCGAUUGAAAGGGACAUCAGAGUAAUUACAAGUCCUAACACAUGUCAUGGUUAUAAAAUGUUUCUAAGAUUGUGAAGUGUACAAAUGGCACAGCCUGUCCCUACCUAUUACCUGAAAACUAGUUCUAAGAAAUGACUCUAGGUUAUUAUCUGCCAGGAGGAUUGAAAGUUGAAUAUGACAUCUUGAAUUUCAGACAUUAAGCCUCUGUAAAACUUCAGUAUAGCCAUAGAUAUUUUUUAAAGCAGUAACAAAAAGAAAUUUAAAAGAUUUUCUGGUAGAUUGUUUUAAGUAUACAUCUUAUAUUUUGAAUACAUCUUAUAUUAUUUGCUGUGCAGUAAGUAGUAUUGACUAUAUACAAGUAAAAUAUUCUACAGUUUUGGGAAAAGGAAAGCUUUUCUCUUUUAUAAAAAUCAUAACAUAUUCUUUAAAAUGUUUUUUUGAGAUUGAAUUUUGGGAAUCUGUUAUGUGAAAUCGUAACGUAUUUUGAUACUGUUUAAAAAUGUGUUUACUGUGUUUCUACUCAUAGAUGUAUAAAUGUUCAUGCACUGAUCAAAGUAAAUUAUUGUAAAGCUAUAAUUUAUAAUCUUUCUUAUAUUUAAAAUAUGACUCCUUAAAAUAAACUUUUCAUGAAAAAAUGUUUUUAUCAUAAAAAUUUGGGGUUUUAAAUGUUAGGCUUUUUGUUUAAAUGAUUCAGGGGAUAACACAUGUAAUUGUUUAGGUCUUUAUGUUUUUAAUACAUCAUUGGUAUAUUUUU